AUGGCGACUGAAGUGGCCGGUGAUCAAUCGUCUGACAGGACCAAAGAGAGUUCUGGGAGACCAGAGGCCCCCGAGCUGAGGCUGGUGCUUCUGGGGGACUCUGGGGCCGAGAAGAGCGCCGUGGGAAACAUCAUCCUGGGCAGAGAAGCGUUCAGCUCCGACCCCGGGAGCGAGACGACGGAGAUCCAGAAGAGGAAGGGGCUGGUGGAGGGGUGGCGCGUUGCAGUGGUAGACGCGCCGGACUUGUCAUCCACCAACAACUCUGGACACUGGCGCCGAAGGGCCAUCGAUCAAUGCGUCAACCUGUCGGCCCCAGGACCCCACGCGUUCCUCCUGGUCCUGCCACUGGGCGGGGGCGCCGGCGAGGCGUGGGGAUCGCUGGAGCGGGGGGUGGAAAUGUUUGGCGAGGAGGCGUGGGGGUACACGAUGGCCCUCUUCACCGGGCGCGGCGAGGAGGCGAGGGGCGCCACGGCCGGGGAGUGCCUGCUGUCGCGCGAUGAGGAGCUCCGUCGGCUCGUAGGCAGGUGCGGGAAGGGGUGUCACAUCCUCAACUGUGAGGACAUGGAAGAUCGGGCCCAGGUCGCCGCACUCCUGGUGAAAAUCCAAACGAAUCUCUCGUACUACAAUAAUAGCGCAUACCGGAAUGCGGAGUCCAAGAUCAAACGCAAAAUGGAAGAGAUCCUGAGGGAGAAGCAGGAGGAAAAACAGAGGGAGGAGGACAAGCACCGGCGGAAGUACGAGAAGGAGCUGGAGAACUGGGUGCAGAAGAUGCAGGCCGAAAUCAGGGAAAAAGAGGACAAGAUCAGGGAGCAAGAGGACAAGAUCAGGGAGCAAGAGGACAGGAUAGCGGAGCUGGAGGAGAGGCUGGCCGGAGAGGGGGAUCGGGAGCGGAUCAGAACGCUCGAGGCCGAGCUGAGGAGGGAGCGGGCGGAGAGGGAGAGGCUGGGGCAGGAGGUGGACGGGCUGAAGAGGGAGAUGGAGAAGGAGAGGAGAGAACGGGAGGAGAGGCACCGGAGAGAGCUGGAGGAGAUCCGCAGGGGCUACGAGGAAAGGGCGCGGGAGGAAGCCGAGAGGGACGCCGAGUGCGCGGAGGUUUUUGGGAG